AGGAGGGAGGAUGGGCAGUUUAUUUUGGUGUGUUUUCUACUGAUACCACCCAGAUUUCCUUCUCAUUUGUUCUAAUGUCAAGCAUUCUGCAUGGUCGAGAUAACCACGACUCUUUUGUUUGUGACAGUGGGGGUCGAAUGUUGAAACAUGUCCAAACAUGUCUUAGCUACUUCCUUUUUCAGCCCUGUAGUGUGUUGCAUGCGUUUGCGCAGCUAUUCGGAUCAUUUCGUUUGGAUCAAACCAACCAGUAAAAUUGACAGUUGGAAAUAAUGUAAUUUAUGUAACUGAAGUCCAGUAGAACACAGAGUGGGAGACAGUUUCUACAGGGAUGUCCCAUAGAGGGAAUGGUGAAAACUGGAAUGGAAUAUCUUCUCAUAAUGUCACGACGGAUGCCAACAACAACCAACAGAACCCGAGUGCUUUCCAGACCACAGUUGGCUCACAAAAGAGCAGAAGGAAGAACUGAGUUCUGGACAAGAAUUCACCAUCUGCUCAAGCCCAGUCCAGACACCGUCCACUACCUCCUCACACACUUCCACUGGCUGUGGGAUGUGAUCAACAGCAGCUUCCUGCGCAACAUCCUCAUGAGGGUGGUCCUCACUGUCAGAUCCAACUUCAUUCCCAGUCCGCCAACCUUCAACUCCAAGUAUGGAUACCUGAGCUGGGAGUCAUACUACAACCUCAGUUACUACACCCGCAUACUACCCCCUGUGCCCGAGGACUGCCCCAUGCCCAUGGGCACCAAGGGUAAAGCCGUGCUCCCGGACCCCAGAGACCUGGUGACGCGCUUCCUGAUAAGAAAGAAGUUCAGACCGGACCCUCAGGGAGCCAAUCUGAUGUUCGCCUUCUUCGCCCAACACUUCACCCACCAGUUCUUCAAGACCCACCACCGGAUGGGCCCAGCCUUCACAAGGGCCCUCUCCCAUGGGGUGGACGCGGGCCACAUCUACGGAGACAACCUGGAGCGACAGCUGCAGCUCCGCCUGCACCAGGACGGGAAGCUGAGAUAUCAGUUGAUCUAUGGGGAGAUGUUUCCCCCGACCACCCAGGAGGUCCCGGUGGCCAUGAGCUACCCCAGUAGCGUGCCCCCCAGCCAGCGCCUGGCCCUGGGCCAGGAAGUGUUCGGCCUGCUGCCCGGCCUCACCCUGUACUCCACUCUGUGGCUGCGGGAGCACAACCGGGUGUGUGACGUGCUGAAGGAGGUGCACCCCACCUGGGGAGACGAGCAGCUCUUCCAGACCACCAGACUCAUCAUCAUCGGCGAGACGAUUCGCAUCGUGAUCGAGGAGUACGUUCAGCAGCUCAGCGGCUACCUGCUGAAGCUCAAGUUUGACCCGACCCUCAUCUUCAACGACCAGUUCCAGUACAGCAACCGCAUCUCGCUGGAAUUCAACCACCUGUACCACUGGCACCCUCUCAUGCCUGACAGCUUCCUGGUGGAUGGACAGGACAUCACCUACCCCGACUUCCUGUUCAACACAUCCGUUCUUCUACACUUUGGGGUUGAGAAGCUGGUGGAUUCCUUCGCAAGACAGCAGGCCGGACAGAUAGGGGGCGGUUGGAAUGUCCAUGCUCGGCUCCAAGAGGUAGUGGAGCUGGUCAUCAAGGAGUCCAGAGCGCUGCGUGUGCAACCGUUUAACGAGUACCGCAAAAAGUUUGAACUCAAGCCAUACGCUUCUUUCUAUGAAUUCACCGAUGACAAGGAGAUGGCGAGGCAGCUGGAGGAGCUGUACGGGGACAUCGACGCGCUGGAGUUCUACCCGGGCCUGCUGCUGGAGCGGACGCGCGACAGCGCCAUCUUCGGCGAGAGCAUGGUGGAGAUGGGGGCCCCGUUCUCCCUCAAGGGUCUCCUGGGGAACCCCAUCUGCUCGCCGGUGUACUGGAAGCCGAGCACGUUCGGGGGCGCGGCGGGCUUCGACAUCGUUAACUCUGCCACGUUGGAGAGGCUUGUGUGUCUAAACAGCCGCUGGUGUCCCUACGUGUCCUUCCACGUCCCUCGCAGCGAGGAGGACCACAGACCCCGGGACCCCAGCACAGAGCUUUGAUUGGUUGGGUUUUUGUAGUUAUUUUUGUAGUUUGUUUUAUUAUUUGUGAGAGGAUUUAUUUAACUGAGAUGCUAAAUUAUUUGGAACUUUUAAGUUUUUUUAUAAUGUAUGGGUGGGGAGGAUUGUCUUGUACUGAAAACGAAAUACAUGUAUUUGUUUCAUUUGGAUUUAUCAUACCUGCCUUCGAUACUUGCCCCAAUCAAAUUUAAUAAAAAAGAAUUUAUGCAUUUACUUGAAGUACUUGAAGAAACAUAGGUCAAGGUUAAGCAGGCUAUCACUUCAUCCAUACAGGACUAUAGGAGGUGCUACAGCAAUCAUUUUAAUACUUCAAAGACACUUAACUCCUCAUCCUUUUGACGUAUGAUCAUGAAAGUUUGUUUGCGCAUCACCUGAUCAAAGCUGAGACUAUUCCAGCAUUAGUAUUAAAAAAGAAUGAUCUUAAUGGUCUGCGUCAGGGGCUUUAUGAUCUGCGUCAGGGUCUUAAUGGUCUGAGUCAGUCUUAAUGGUCUGUGUUAGCCUUGGCCCCGCGUUAAAUGCUGCUUGUAGCUUUAAUUAUGUUUAGUUAAUUUAGUUUAAUUUAGUUAUGAUUUGGAACAUUUUCUUUGAAGUCACAUUUCUAACAUUACAACUGGCUGGUAACGUAAAAUAACCCUGCUAGCAACAUAGUCAAUGCUGAUCGAUUUUUUUUUCCAUUAAUUUUAUCAAUAAAAAUAUCAUCCUUUAACUGAUAUAUUCUAUCAAUAAAAAAUGCCGGCCAGCCCUU